CCAUACUCGGAGAGGGCGGGAUUAUGCUAAGGAAAGAUAUGGAGUGUCAUCAAUGAUACAAUCCCAAGAGAAACCAGAUCGAGUUUUGAUUCGAAUAAAAGACUUAACAGUGGAGAGAGCCGAUGAAUUGGUUUGGGUUCGUGGCAGAAUUCAUACAAGCAGAGCUAAAGGGAAGCAGUGUUUCUUAGUCCUGCGUCAGCAGCAGUUUAAUGUCCAGGCUCUUGUGGCUGUGGGACAGCAUGCAAGCAAGCAGAUGGUAAAGUUUGCUGCCAACAUCAACAAAGAGAGCAUUGUGGACGUAGAAGGCGUUGUGAGGAAAGCAUAUCAGAAAAUUGGAGGCUGUACUCAGCAAGAUGUUGAGCUGCAUGUUCAAAGGAUCUAUGUGAUCAGUUUGGCUGAACCCCGACUGCCCUUACAGCUGGAUGAUGCUGUUCGGCCAGAAGUGGAAGGAGAGGAGGAUGGAAGAGCUACUGUAAACCAAGAUACAAGACUGGACAACAGAGUCAUUGAUCUGAGGACUUCAACUAGUCAGGCAGUCUUUCGCCUUCAGUCUGGUAUUUGUCAGCUUUUCCGAGAAACUCUCAUUCACAGGGGAUUUGUGGAAAUUCAGACUCCCAAAAUCAUUUCAGCUGCCAGCGAAGGAGGAGCCAAUGUUUUUACUGUAUCUUACUUCAAAAGCAGUGCCUACCUGGCUCAGUCUCCACAGCUGUACAAGCAGAUGUGUAUAUGUGCUGACUUUGAAAAGGUUUUCUGCAUUGGGCCAGUAUUUAGAGCUGAGGACUCCAAUACACACAGACACCUGACUGAGUUUGUUGGUCUGGAUAUGGAAAUGGCUUUUAAUUAUCACUAUCAUGAAGUGGUAGAUGAGAUUGCAGAUACCUUGGUGCAGAUAUUCAAGGGACUUCAGGAAAGAUUUCAAAGUGAAAUUCAGACAGUGAAUAAACAGUUCCCGUGUGAGCCAUUUAAGUUUUUGGAGCCAACUCUGAGGCUGGAAUACUGUGAAGCUGUGGCCAUGCUUAGGGAGGCUGGUGUUGAGAUGGGUGAUGAAGAAGAUCUGAGCACACCUAAUGAAAAGCUGCUGGGACGCCUGGUGAAGGAAAAGUAUGACACAGACUUCUAUAUUCUUGACAAAUACCCUCUUGCUGUGAGGCCUUUCUAUACAAUGCCAGACCCAGUAAACCCUAAAAACUCCAACUCUUACGAUAUGUUCAUGAGAGGGGAAGAAAUUUUGUCCGGAGCUCAGAGAAUUCAUGAUCCUCAGCUGCUGACAGAACGAGCCCUACAUCAUGGCAUUGAUUUAGAGAAAAUAAAGGCCUACAUUGAUUCCUUUCGUUUCGGUGCACCUCCACAUGCAGGUGGUGGAAUAGGGCUGGAAAGAGUAACUAUGCUGUACCUGGGGCUGCACAAUGUUCGUCAGACCUCGAUGUUCCCACGGGAUCCCAAACGACUGACACCCUAACAUGACCUGCUUUUGAAAGUUUCUCAUAUCCCCUGCUACUGAUGAACGUGUAUUGAUCUGAGCAUUGUAAUAUGCAAUAAAACAAGAAAGUCCAAUUUA